UUUUAGUCUCUAUAGAUUGGAAAACGACCAGAGAAUUAUUAGCAAAAUGACAUCAGGUGUACUAGGAGGAUGUUUGGCAGGUCAUAUGAUCGACCUUCGUCUCUGAGGUCAUCUCCUGAAUUGGUUGAUCACAUAGAGCCUAUUGACUCUGGUUUGGACGAGCUCGAGGAAACUCUUGACAACUUAUCAGAAACCCUCACCUUAUCUAAUCUAUCACCUGACCCUCCUGAAGAAUUCUUCAGAUCCGACUUUGAAUCAGAAAGAUCAGACACCAGUCCGGUCCGUUCAGUCUGCAGUGGCAAGCGGACCCGUAGAAAGAGAAGUGCUUCAUUUGGAUCAACUUCACCUCGUCACAACUCCAGUAGUAUAGACUAUCACAGCGACAGUGAAGCUAGCAAGAUGUUGGACGAAAUGCAAUACUUCCGUGAAAAGAAGUUCUUCUGUGACAUUACCAUUGUAGUUGGAGAUAAAGAGAUUGAGGCGCACAGAAUAGUGCUAUCCUCAUGUUCCCCCUACUUCCGGGCCAUGUUCACCAGUAACUUAGCAGAGAGUAAGCAGGACAAGGUCUCUUUGUACGAUGUUGAUGCUGGUGCCGUGGAGGCUCUUAUAGACUACGCUUACUCAAACAAGGUGACGAUCUGUGAGGAGAACGUACAGGAGUUGUUACCAGCAGCCAGGAUGUUACAAUUAGACUAUGUAGUGGACCAGUGUGGCGUGUUCCUCGAACAACAUCUCUCUAUAUCAAACUGUCUCGGAUUUUACCUCUUUGCUGACAAACACCACUGUGAAUCGUUACUAGCCACAGCGAGGCGGUUCAUUCAGAGGAACUUCUAUGAAGUGUGUAUGAAGGGAGAUGAGUUCGUACAACUUCCUGCUGGCAGUAUUAUAGAGUUCCUGUCAAUGGAUAAACUGAACGUGGCAAGUGAACGAGUUUUGUUUGAAGCAGCUAUGAAGUGGUACAACAAGGACCCUAUAAAAAGAGUUAGUAACCUAGCAGAUGUUUUGAGUUACGUUAAGCUCUCCCUCCUUCCCUCCUCAGUCCUCCUGGGAGAAGUGCUGGAAGCUAUCGGAGAUAUCGUGGACGUAAAGAUUAAAGACUUGCUGAUGCAGGCUAUGAGGUAUCAGAUGCAACCUAGACAUCGGAGCUCCAUGCAACAUUUUGGAACGAUAGCAAGAAAGAAACCAGAUCACAUACCCACAAUGAUGGCUAUUGGUGGAGGAUCCCAAUUCACAACACACUGUGAGUGUGAGUGUUACUCUAUAACUGACGACACGUGGUAUCGUGUUUCGCAGAUGUCCACGCCGCGCGCACGUGCGGGUGUCCUGGAACUUGACGGAUUUGUGUACUCAACUGGAGGCUACGACGGAGCUAUCCACCUUCUCUCCAUGGAAAAAUACAACCCUUCCGUGAACGAGUGGACAGCAGCCCCCUCCAUGACAAUCAGGAGGAGUUGUGUAGGGAUAACAGAGCUGGAUGGUAUAAUGUACGCUUUGGGAGGAUAUGAUGGAUACACUUGUCUGGACUACAUGGAGAGAUACGAUCCUUAUAUGGAGGUGUGGAUGGCGGCACCAGUAAUGACAACAAAGCGGCGCUACGUACGCGCAGUCACCUCUGAUAAGCAGAUCUACGCAGUGGGCGGCUUUGACGGAACUUCUCAUCUUAGUACUGUGGAAAUGUUCCAUCCAGACAGGGAAAAAUGGUAUACAGUGAAUCAGAUGCACUCCCAGCGCUCAGGUGCCGGUGUUAUAGCACUCGACUCAUGUGUGUAUGUGGUGGGAGGUAAUGAUGGCUGUACUAGUCUCAGUUCUGUGGAGAGAUACGAUACUCGAGAAGGAAAGUGGAGGUGGUUGGAGCCAAUGCACACGUCUCGCAGUGCAGUUGAUAUUGCUGUGGUGGACGGCGCGCUCUACGCUGUGGGCGGGAACGACGGAUGCAGCUCUCUCAAUACAGUCGAAAAAUACGACCUCGUAGCGGGACAGUGGAUAUCAGUCGCCAGUAUGAGUAUGAGACGAAGUAGUGUGGGAGUGUGCAUUGUUGACAUUCCAAGUAAAAUACUAGACUCUGUCAAAGUCAGGCGAUCAGAAAUUUGAGGGGUUGUAUUUAAAGGGGAUUGAUCCGGAUGUGUACUCAUCGGAAGAAAACAAUUGGUCGAAAGUUUGGUUGAAUGUCUGACCCGAUCACUUCUGUAAACUUUACAUCAGCUGUUAUGAUGAGUUGUCGUUAGAACCCACAUGAAACAAGCCUGAUAUGAACUGGAUGAAUCAUGGAGAUUUAAAGUCAAUUCAGUUUUCAAGUUUCGACCACGAUACCUUAUCGUAUUCUACCGAUAAGCACACAUGUGGGUGAUAAGUGUUUGCUCAGAUUUAUGAUAUGGGAUUGGUUCAGAAAUAUAUUGUUUGGUUUCAGAUUAUGCGAGUUUCAAAAAAUACUCAUUUCACGAUGAUAACUUGUAUAAUAGAUAUAGUACGGGCAUGUAAAAAGUUGUAGAUUUAAGUUGGAAUUUGUGAGAUGGGCAUGUUUAGCUGAACUUGGUUCACAGUGCUUCUAUCUACUAUUGAGGUUUUACCUUAUGUCUUUUGAUAAUUUUAGAAUUUAUAUUUAAUUCUUACUUGAGACCCAGUUAUAUUAUCUUUUAAAACCAAAAUCUAA